AAUAAUAAUAAUAAUAAUAAUAAUAAUAAUAAUAAUAAUAAUAAUAAUAAUAAUAAUAAUAAUAAUAAUAAUAAUAAUAAUAAUAAUAAUAAUAAUAAUAAUAAUAAUAAUAAUAAUAAUAAUAAUAAUAAUAAUAAUAAUAAUAAUAAUAAUAAUAAUAAUAAUAAUAAUAAUAAUAAUAAUAAUAAUAAUAAUAAUAAUAAUAAUAAUAAUAAUAAUAAUAAUAAUAAUAAUAAUAAUAAUAAUAAUAAUAAUAAUAAUAAUAAUAAUAAUAAUAAUAAUAAUAAUAAUAAUAAUAAUAAUAAUAAUAAUAAUAAUAAUAAUAAUAAUAAUAAUAAUAAUAAUAAUAAUAAUAAUAAUAAUAAUAAUAAUAAUAAUAAUAAUAAUAAUAAUAAUAAUAAUAAUAAUAAUAAUAAUAAUAAUAAUAAUAAUAAUAAUAAUAAUAAUAAUAAUAAUAAUAAUAAUAAUAAUAAUAAUAAUAAUAAUAAUAAUAAUAAUAAUAAUAAUAAUAAUAAUAAUAAUAAUAAUAAUAAUAAUAAUAAUAAUAAUAAUAAUAAUAAUAAUAAUAAUAAUAAUAAUAAUAAUAAUAAUAAUAAUAAUAAUAAUAAUAAUAAUAAUAAUAAUAAUAAUAAUAAUAAUAAUAAUAAUAAUAAUAAUAAUAAUAAUAAUAAUAAUAAUAAUAAUAAUAAUAAUAAUAAUAAUAAUAAUAAUAAUAAUAAUAAUAAUAAUAAUAAUAAUAAUAAUAAUAAUAAUAAUAAUAAUAAUAAUAAUAAUAAUAAUAAUAAUAAUAAUAAUAAUAAUAAUAAUAAUAAUAAUAAUAAUAAUAAUAAUAAUAAUAAUAAUAAUAAUAAUAAUAAUAAUAAUAAUAAUAAUAAUAAUAAUAAUAAUAAUAAUAAUAACAUUAAUAACAAUAAU